AUGUCGACAAUUGUGCCUGGGCAUUUGCAUCCGAGCAACGGACGAUCGGUGAUUGAUUGGAAUCAACGCGGUUUAAUCGCCUACGCUUGUCAUAGCUUUAUUUUCAUUGUUGAUGCUUUCAAUCAGAAACGAAUUCAAGUAAUUGACCUACACAAAUCGGCUGUCAAUAAUAUCCUCUGGAGCCCACCUGGAGCUCUAUUAGCUGAGCCACAAUCUCAGCGAAUCGCUUCAGCUGAUAUCAGUGGACAAGUCAUCAUUAGUGAGCCGAAAAAUGGAAAUCGCCUUGCGCAAUUCUCAAUGCCGAACACGACUAUCACUGCAUUCGAGUGGUUUGUCUGGAAGAAUAUGCAAAGGGAUUUUCUCGUCGUCCUUCACUCGCAAACGACUUUUGCCUUGUGGAAUGCGGAUACUGGUGAAAAGAUUUGGUCCUUCUCUUUUCUGAAUUCACUCACUGAUUUCUCGUUGGAUCCGUUUACGCCAGAAAUUGCAGCUUUUAUCGCUGGUGGAACGGGGAUUCUUGUUGUUGGUGAUGUUGAUCUAAGCACACCACCAUCUGGAGCUGCAAAGAUGAUCAAUUUAAGCAUCCAGGCAACAGAUGAAGCCACUCUAAUCCGCCAUUCGACCGCUUAUCAAAAUGUGAUUUUUGUAGCGACGAGAGUGAAACUUUUAGCUAUUCACCAAGAGCUCUCUUGUGUGUUUUUUAAGAUCGAGCCUGAUGGUGGUCCAAUCGUAUCGAUCUUGACGAUAAGAUCUAGGGAUGCCUUUGUGACUGUAACAGCGAAUGGAGCCUGUGCUCUCUGGCGCGGAAAGUACAACGUCGCGCAAGAUCGAGUCGAUGGGCAGAUGAUCUACGAGCGAGUUGCACAAAGCGAAAGCGGGCGAGGUACAGCGAGAAGUGGUGGAGCUGCUCGUGUGGUGGCGGCGUCGAUUUGUGGCUGCACCAAUUCCUCGCUCUCUCUGCUGCACACAAAUGGGAGAAUCACUUUUUGGCAAAUCGAAUCAGAUUCGACACCCUCGCUUGGUCUUUAUCGAUCGGUUUUCUCGGAGGAGUUGCUGGAAUUCGAUCAGAAUCUUCAAACAAAACCCAUCGGGAAUUUGAGUUUCCGCCAAAUCGGUCUCUGUGGAGGGCUUGGCGCUGGAGUGACGUGUGUUCGAGUGAGUCCACUCGAAAUUGCCAUGCUCGAAAAAGUCGACGAUGACAAUCAUCUUUUGCAGAAUCGAAAUCUCGCGGCAAUUGGUACAUCGGCCGGCAUCCUGUACCUGGUGGACGUCUUCACGAGAGAGAUUUUGAAAGAAUUUACUCUUCAAUCCUCACCAAUCAGAUGUGUCGAGUGGACGUCUUGCAAUCGAUUGUUGACCGCCGGCUUCAAUCACCCAUUGAGCACAACGAAUGCUGUGAGGAAUGACCUCUUUUCGAUUGAUAUAAGGACAGGUAUCUCGACUAGAGUUCGUCCGGAAAGUGAUGAGUCGCCAAUUACAAUGAUGAGAGUUUCAUUCUACAGAAGCUAUCUGGCGUUAGGGUUUGAGCGAGAGCCACUCGAGGUUUGGGAUGUCAGGUCAAUGAGGCUUUUGCGGAGGAUGAGCAGGGCUUGCCCAUUAAUUAAAGAUAUGGCCUGGUCUUGCAAACAUUGCACAAUGAGGAAAACCGAGGGAGAAGACGGCGGAAUACCGGUUUUUCGUGAGAAUUUGGUCGUUCUUGACUCAGAAAAUCGACUUUAUCAUAUUGUUGUCAAAGGAUUGCAUGUAAAAGAUGGGAAAGAAGUCUCCACACAGUGGAAAACCGGUGGUUGGACGAUUCGUUGUAUGGCUUGGAAGGGUGAUCAGUUGGCAAUGGGCGACGCCGAUGGGAGACUUGUUAUUUGGGAUCUGGCAAAGAGGGAGGCAAAGAAUACUAGAGUCGAACGAUCACCGAUUCUUCGAAUGCAAUUCAGUCGACUUGCUGGCGAUCAAACACUUGCCAUUUUACAUCAAAGUGAGCUGAUCUUGUUGGAAACAGAGUCCCUAACUCGAACGCAAGUCAUUCAACUCGAUCGAGGCAGAGCAGCGCUUGAUUUUGAUCUUUGUGGAGUUACUCCAAUUCUUGUCACAAAUGAUAAUAUGUUUUGGUAUGCAGCUGAGUCCUCUCAGCACAAUUCUCUUCAUUCAUCUUUAUCCGAAUCCAGCAGGCUUCUCAAUUCAUCAGAAAAAAGAAUAGAGAAAGAUCUGGCUUUAGAUCUAGCUUUAGAUUCAUAUCUAACAAGAAAUACGAAAAAGGAAUCGAAGCCUGAGCCUGAGCCUGAGCCUCAUCGGAUUAAAUCGGAGCUGAAUCUUUGUCGUGAGUUCCAUUUAGCAAAAUGGAAUGGAAAUCUUGUUCUUGCUGAUUUGUUAAAUAUUAUUUUGAAUGUACAAAAUGUAAAGAAUUUCGAGCAGCUACCUCCCCAUUUACAAAUCUUCUGGCCAGAAAAAGCUUUUCAAGAACGCGAGACACGAGUGAUUGGUGGUUGUUGUGGAGUGAGGGAAGUGGACGAGGAGAGGCUUGUUGAAAGAGCUGUCGUUCUUGGACAUAAAGCCAAGCGAGCUGCCGUCGAUCGCUUGAUUGGAAGUGCAAGCGGUGAUGUGCGUCUAUCGUCUUAUAAAGCAGCUCUUCUCGUUUCGAAUCACGAUGAUGAACACUCAAAAUCUCUAAUCAAGCUAAUCGCAACGAAUUUGAUUGCGAAUGAUUUGGUCGGUGAGGGUGUCGAAUUGCUAUUUAUUGUUGGAGCGGGUUCUGACGCAUGUCGUUAUCUUCAAUCACAAAGGCAAUGGCUUAAAGCAGCUCAUUAUGCUAAAAUGGGUCUCUCUGGCGAUGAGCUGACGAAAGUCUUCGAGAAAACCCUUCAAUUUCUGGCUGUUGAUCAAAGAUCGAUGUCAUUGCUGUGGGAGUGUGCUUUCAAGCGAUGGGCGAAUGUGCGGAAGCUGCUGUCGAGCAAUGCAGAACUCGCACAAAUCGCCUCACUUCUACCCGAAACCGAUGCUGUGACAUCCAAAAAUGAUUCC